AUGACUUUUUCUCGCUACGUUUGCAUCCUGGCGCUUGUCACAGGAUGCUUCCUCCCUUCUGGUUUCCUGGCUCUCUGGCCCAUCCCAACUACUCACGAGACUGGGAUGACCGCUCUCAAAAUCUGCCCUGCAUUCUCUUGCGACGUGCAGAUUGAAGACGCCCCGGCCGAUCUACAGGCUACGAAGCUCCUGGGUUACCGUAGCGAGGAGUACGCACUGACGAUUCCAGCAGACGGCUCGGCUGCUACUUUGACAGCGAACUCGUCGUUGGGUCUUUCCGAAGGACUGACUACUUUCAAUCAGCUUUUCUACUACUAUGGAGAUGUACCUUACACUUUACUCGCCCCAAUUGCUAUCACGGACAGUCCUGCGUAUCCUUUCCGAGGAUUGGCGCUAGACACUCCGAGGAACUACUACCCCGUCAUCGAUAUUCUGCGAACUUGGGACGCGAUGAACUGGGUUAAGGUGGGCGUUUUCUUGAUGUACGUCAACAUUUUCCACUGGCAUAUCACAGACACCGAGAGUGUCUCACUUGAAGUUGCACAGUACCCCGAGCUUGCGAUCAACGGUGCAUACUCUCCUCAAGAAGUUUACACAGAGAGUGAUGUCCAAUACAUCGAAAUCGACGCACCCGGCCACACCGGCAUCAUUGCGGCCACUUGCCCCGAAUAUAUUGCUUGCCUUGACGGCGAGCUUGGUUUCGCGCUUCCCAAGGUCAUGAACUUUAUUGCUUCCUUGGUCAGCGAUGUUGCAAAGACGCUACCUUCGAACUAUUCCAGCACCGGCGGCGAUGAGGUGAACGCGACCUGCUGCAGCAACGACUACCCCACACAGCAGCAGCUCAACAGCACCGGCAUGACACUAAACGGUGCUUUGGACGCGUUUACGCGGACUACUCAUGGCGCACUGAUUGCCGAGGUUAAGACGCCGGUCGUAUGGGAAGACAUGGUCCUCAACUGGAACAUUACGCUCUCAAAUGAGGCUAUCGUGAUUAUCUGGAUGUCUUCCGCAGAUGCUAUAACAGUAGCAGAAAGGGGAUUCAGGAUUUUUCAAGCACCGUCAGAUUACUUCUACCUGAUUAGUUCACGAAGUCUUCUACGCAAUGAUUGUGGUGCCGGCGAAUGGCUGGGAAACGACCCGACUGGAAAUAGCUGGUGUGACCCCUUCAAUACCUGGUCCACGGCAAGUAUCGCGUAUACGUUCGAUCCGUUAGCGAUCUUGACCGAGGCGCAGUACAAACUUGUUCUCGGAGGUGAGCAAAUUCUGUGGAGUGAGCAGUCUGGUCCCCAAAAUAUCUAUCCGAUAAUGUGGCCACACGCUGCAUCAUCAGCAGAGAUAUUCUGGAGCGGCAAUCAGCGCGACAUCUGCCUCAUGCUAUUCUGUCGCCUGACAUGCCAUUGCCCAUAUCCUUCCGCCCCCGCCUGUCCAUGGUUCUCUGACAAGAAAUACCGUGUCGCAGUUCCACUUGCGCAUCGUGCUAUGGAAUGAAGCACUCGCGAUGUGAACCUCAUUAUUCGAUCAUGGCCUAUCCGUGUGCUCUGAAUCGAAAGCGACCACACUCGAAACACUGGAGGGUUGGUUCAAGCACAGAACCUUCUUCUCCUCAGACUUUGUGCUCUGGUGCUUCGAGCACACCAUCUGAGUCACGGACGACUUCUUCUCCCCAAUCCUUGGCCCCGACACAUGGUCGCCCUGGAAGAAUAUGUGGCCCAGAUUGUCUCGGCGCUCUAUACCCGUUUCUCCAUCCUUUCGU